AUAAAUGAUAACCGUUCUCAGUGUGCGUUGAUAACGCGAGUAGUUUUGUUGUUAUUGCGACUGAUCAUUUCCGUCGUUGUUGGUUUAAUUUCGAUUUUAUUUUGUUUCUCUUCUCUGUAUGAACGUAAUAUUUGACACAAAAUAUUGUUGUGUACACACAUUCUGGAAAAUCUACGUAGUCUCUCGCUCAAACCGAUAUUCCUACAAUUCCAUACUAUUUUAAAACAAUGGACUAUGAUGAAUGUACCUCAACGUUUCACUGGUUGAUUAACGCAAAUAACGCAUUAAUAACAUCCUGCAGUGGACUGCUCGUAUUUUGUGUUUAGUUCUACUUGGACAAGAAUAGUAAUUCAUUGAACGUGACUGUUAGACACAUAACCUUACAGACAGAAAAUGAUGCUACGAAGUAUGAACUGUGUGUUCAUACUGGUUGUCAACAUAUGCCUGUAUAUGAGUGUUGUAUGCUUUUUCUCAUCUUCCAGUUCAAUAGUCAAUAGUCAUAUUGACAACAGUUGGCUCAAUGAGUUAAAAGGGAAGAUAGACGAGACCAAUAGCACAGUAGAAAUAGUUGAUAAAUUCAAUAAUUAUCAAAUAUACCCUCGCAUUAUAAGCAUUGUUUCAAAAGAUUAUUUUAAGUUUUUUAAGGUAAAUUUACGAAGAACUUGUCCAUUUUGGUCAGACAAUAGUAAAUGUGCUAUGAGAUAUUGCCAAGUGGAAUCCUGCCAGUUGGAUGAUGUACCUAUAGGUCUUAAAGGCAGUCAUCAUAGUUUAGUAGAUGAAGAUAUGUCAAUUAAGUAUAUGGAAGGACCACAACAACAAGAAUGCGAAGGAGCAAUGCAAGAUGAAUUAGGUUACAUUAACACUACUAUAAGUGCUGCAGCUAUGGAGGACUUUGCCCUCUGGCAGGCCCAUGAUGACAUUCAAGACAUGUACUGCACAUUGCCUGAUGAUGAUGGUGAGGCGGAAUAUGUUGAUCUAUCUCUUAAUCCUGAACGGUACACAGGAUACAAAGGACCUUCAGCAAAUCGCGUUUGGAAUACAAUUUAUAUGGAAAAUUGUUUUAGGCCAAAAAAUUUGUUUGAAGUCUACAUUAUUUCAGCAAAAUUGACAGGAAUGUGUUUAGAAAAACGAGCUUUUUAUCGUGCCAUUUCUGGUCUUCAUACAAGUAUUAAUAUACAUCUCAGUGCUCAAUAUUUAUUAUCAGACAAAGGAUCAACAUUUUUAAACCCAUGUGGUACUGGCUUUUGGGGGCCGAAUGCCGAAGAGUUUGAACACAAGUUUGGCCCAAAAUCCACCAAAGGUGAAGGAACUCAGUGGCUUAGAAAUUUGUACUUCUUGUAUCUAGUUGAAUUGAGGGCUCUACAAAAAGCUGCACCUUUACUUGAACAAGUAAAAUACUAUACAGGAAACAAUAAAGAAGAUGAAACUACUCGACAUGCUGUUCACAACUUUUUAGGAAUUAUCAAGAAAUUCCCACAGCAAUUUAAUGAGCAGACAAUGUUUUUGGGUGGACAACAAGCUCAAAAAUUAAAAGAAGAAUUCCGUCUUCAUUUCCGUAAUGUAUCAACAAUUAUGGACUGUGUUGGGUGUGAGAAAUGCAGACUGUGGGGUAAAUUACAAGUACAAGGAUUGGGAACAGCGCUGAAAAUAUUAUUUUCGAACAAAGCGUGGACAAAUGGUUAUAAUGAAUUAUCUACAACUGUUAAUAAACAUACAUUACAAUUGGAGCGUAGCGAAAUUGUUGCCCUCUUUAAUGCAUUCGGAAGGUUAUCAACAAGUAUUUAUGAAAUUGAACGAUUUCGAAAACUCCUUAAGUAAAUAAGUUCAUAUUUGAUAAAAAAACAUCACAUCUUUUUAUAUACUAUAAAUGUAUAUUAACGUAUAUUUUUUAAACUACAUUGUUAUCAUUACAUUCCUUACUGAUUUUUCUUUUAUAUAU